AUGGAACACGAGGCCAGCGAACACAAGACAUCAACACAAGGAACACAAAGACCAGCGAACACAAGACAUCAACACAAGGAACACAGGGGCCAGCGAACACAAGACAUCAACACAAGGAACACAGGGGCCAGCGAACACAAGACAUCAACACAAGGAACACAGAGGCCAGCGAACACAAGACAUCAACACAAGGAACACAAAGACCAGCGAACACAAGACAUCAACACAAGGAACACAGGGGCCAGCGAACACAAGACAUCAACACAAGGAACACAGGGGCCAGCGAACACAAGACAUCAACACAAGGAACACAGAGGCCAGCGAACACAAGACAUCAACACAUGGAACACAGGGGCCAGCGAACACAAGACAUCAACACAUGGAACACAGGGGCCAGCGAACACAAGACAUCAACACAAGGAACACAGGGGCCAGCGAACACAAGACAUCAACACAAGGAACACAGGGGCCAGCGAACACAAGACAUCAACACAAGGAACACAGAGGCCAGCGAACACAAGACAUCAACACAUGGAACACAGGGGCCAGCGAACACAAGACAUCAACACAUGGAACACAGGGGCCAGCGAACACAAGACAUCAACACAAGGAACACAGAGGCCAGCGAACACAAGACAUCAACACAUGGAACACAGGGGCCAGCGAACACAAGACAUCAACACAAGGAACACAGGGGCCAACGAACACAAGACAUCAACACAAGGAACACAGGGACCAGCGAGCACAAGACAUCAACACAAGGAACACAGGGGCCAGCGAACACAAGACAUCAACACAAGGAACACAGAGGCCAGCGAACACAAGACAUCAACACAUGGAACACAGGGGCCAGCGAACACAAGACAUCAACACAUGGAACACAGAGGCCAGCGAACACAAGACAUCAACACAAGGAACACAAAGGCCAGCGAACACAAGACAUCAACACAAGGAACACAAAGGCCAGCGAACACAAGAUAUCAACACAAGGAACACAAAGACCAGCGAACACAAGACAUCAACACAAGGAACACAGGGGCCAGCGAACACAAGACAUCAACACAAGGAACACAAAGACCAGCGAACACAAGAUAUCAACACAAGGAACACAAAGACCAGCGAACACAAGAUAUCAACACAAGGAACACAAAGACCAGCGAACACAAGAUAUCAACACAUGGAACACAGGGGCCAGCGAACACAAGACAUCAACACAAGGAACACAAAGACCAGCGAACACAAGACAUCAACACAAGGAACACAGGGGCCAGCGAACACAAGACAUCAACACAAGGAACACAGGGGCCAGCGAACACAAGACAUCAACACAAGGAACACAGAGGCCAGCGAACACAAGACAUCAACACAUGGAACACAGAGGCCAGCGAACACAAGACAUCAACACAAGGAACACAAAGGCCAGCGAACACAAGACAUCAACACAAGGAACACAAAGGCCAGCGAACACAAGAUAUCAACACAAGGAACACAAAGACCAGCGAACACAAGACAUCAACACAUGGAACACAGGGCCCAGCGAACACAAGACAUCAACACAUGGAACACAGGGGCCAGCGAGCACAAGACAUCAACACAAGGAACACAGAGGCCAGCGAACACAAGACAUCAACACAAGGAACACAGAGGCCAGCGAACACAAGACAUCAACACAAGGAACACAGAGGCCAGCGAACACAAGACAUCAACGCGUGCCGUGAUACACACCCGCUGUUGCCUCGUGCAUGUGCAGAAACAAAUAAUUUAAAACUCCCUUCUGAUUUCAUUCGCUGGAGGUUUCACACAAAGCUUAUUCACAAACUACUGGCAGAAUCACCCAGCUAA